AAAAAUUCUAGAGAAUAAAAUAAUUCUCUUUUGUGGUGCUCUCAAACUCUUACCAACAAGUGUAAAAAAUUAAAAAAGUAAAUCUGCCACAACAAAAUAGUUCCCAUGCAUCUGAACCGGACCAACGGAUAUGCAUAAUAAACGCAAGAAACCCAAUAAAGAUUGCCGCCCAUAAAUAACGGUUACCCAAGUGUGUGUGUGUGUGUCCGAGUGUAACUUCCAACUUCCGGAAAAAUAUGUUUGUGACUACUACAGUAUCUGCACUUAACAAACACAUCCCAAGGAUGCCCCUCUUAAGCUAAUGAAAACUCCCCGCAACCCCCAACAACCCAUCAGCCCCAUAAAAGAAACACCUGUAGUGCAAUUUUUUCAUAUUUUCCUGUUGAAGAUUGUCCCCCCUCCAGACAUCCUCUUCAAAUAACUGCUCUUCAACUCUUGUGAAUCCGCGAGUGUUUUACGUUUUUCAUUUUUUGUUUUGCAAAAGCGGAUAUCCGUUAAAUCAUUCUCUCUAUUCCUACAUCGCUGCUAAACGUGUAGUCUAAACACAAGAAAAAAAAUAAAAACAAACCAACCAACCAAGAAGGAAAGCACGAAAGAAAAAAAAGAAAAAGUUCACAACGAAACCCCAGUGAAAUAGUGGUGCUAUUAUCAUUACCGAUAGUUAUUGAAUAAUCAGGCUGAGGCUCCCAGCUCUCUGAAACAAUUUAUGCGGAUAUUUAUAAUUUGCAUGUUGGGGAAAAUUGAUCGUCGUCAAGAGACAUCAUCAUCAACAUCAUCUUUGCUGUCGUCUAACUCAACAAUAACAACAACCAUCAUUUUUCCGUUUACGUUCCUGUCAUCCUCCACAAUUCUGCUUACUGCUGAUGUUCCUGUUCUGCCCGGCUUCCAUGAAAGAAUAUCUUCUCCAUCAGACAUUACUACAUUCAGAACAAACAUUCUGUAUUAGAUUUGCAAAUAAAAGACAAACUUUCAAAACAUCUGGCAAUUGAAAAAAUCAAAAAUCUUGAAAAAAUUCCACCACAACCGCAGCCAACACCCGCACAACAAACAAAUCGAGCCCAACACGCUGACAAAAGGAAAUCUUUUGAAUGCCGCAGUUUCUGCACGCCAUCGUCAACUUAGUAUGAGAGAAAAAGAUCAUUCUCCAAGAAAAAUGCUUCCUAGCCCCAAACAAGGGUCGGUCUACCCGAUUUUAGGCUCCAUGCCCUACAACAGCAACAAUUUCAACUCGAAUGUACCUUAUGAUCUGUCAUCGCCUGCACGCAGCAAUAGCUCGACGGCGGCCACAGCCCUUACCACCGCCCUAACAGCAUUGUAUCAAACUCAAAAAGAUCUUAAGAAGGAGAGAAGGCGUGGCCAUGCGGAUCAACCCUUGGAUUUGAGAUUGGCCCAUAAAAAGCAUGAUGGUGGCACGGCAGGUGAUGGCGGGACAGAUGGGGACUCCAACACCACUGAAAUGAUGGAGGAUGAAAAUAGCAACCUGGUAAUGAUAACUAGCGGACAAUUGGACAAGUCAUGUCACAACUCCGAAUGCAACAGCAAUACCAACACCAAUUCUCGGGUCCUGCAAGAUGGUGUGGCUGGCGAUAAGACAGCCGAUCUUCAUUUGUUGAAUGAAUUGAAUAAUAACAACAACAAUUUCCUGCUGCAAAACAAUCAAGCUCUGCAAGAACAGUUCGAAGCUCUGAACAGCAAAAAGAUGCUGAGGGUGUUGAGGGACCAAGCCAAAUCGUUGCCAACAAAUCUGGAACAACUGCCAUUUCCCGUAACGGCCCUACAUCCCACUCUACUCGAGACCAUAGCCAAAGCAAUGCCUCCUCUGCCCUACCGAAAUCUCUUCUUUUUGCCUCGACCGAAUCAGGCCAAUAAUCCAGCUGCAAAUGUAACAAAUUUCCCGUUUUUCUCCUCGCCACCGGCCGGUUGUCUAGGUAAGGAUACGAAAAAGAAUACCACAACUGUAACGGCAACGACCACAACGCCACCCAUAGCCACAGCAGAUUCUAGCAUGACAGAUCUUAAAUUUGAUGUUGCCGCUGCCAGCGCCAAUAGAAAUACCCUUACCGAAAGCCUGGCCAACUCGUUGCUGCUCAGUCAAAAUGGACCCACGCCCACCACCACCCCAAGCACCGGUGCCUCCGGUGCCCCACACUAUCGCCAAAAGAGACCUGCGGUUAAUCGUUCCAAUGCUCCAGCCGGGGCCAAUCAUCUGUACAAAUCAAAGGACCGUUAUACGUGUAAAUUUUGCGGCAAAGUAUUUCCCAGAUCGGCGAAUUUAACCCGCCAUCUGCGAACUCACACGGGCGAACAGCCCUACAAAUGCAAAUACUGUGAACGUUCCUUUAGCAUAUCGUCGAACCUGCAACGACAUGUGCGCAAUAUUCACAACAAGGAGAGACCCUUCAAAUGUGAAAUUUGUGAACGCUGCUUUGGCCAACAAACCAAUCUCGAUCGUCAUCUGAAGAAACAUGAAGCCGAUGCCGUGUCAAUGGGUCUGGGUCUCAACGAACGCAUACGUGGUGGUCUACGUCGUUUCUGUGAAAAUCCUGCCGAGGAAUCUUAUUUCGAAGAGAUACGCUCAUUUAUGGGUAAAGUCACUCAGUUGCCGUUGAAUUCAGCUGGCGCUGCGGCGGGAGCUUCCAAGUUGUCACUGAUGGAUCAUAGUACAACACCGCACUCUGAACCUCAUUCGCCGGGUCGAAGUUCAUCGUAUGCCCCCUCUGAUCCCGACUCAACGGCCAGUGGUCUGCGUAUUAUCAUUAAGGAUGAGCACAGUAAUCAUAGUAAUCAAUCGAAUGAGCAACAACAACAACAACAGCAAGGUAAUGAUCCACAACAACACCAGCAAUCUGGGCCUGGUGGAUCGGCACCAUCCACACCGCCUCCUAGGAACGAUGGCCACCGAAGUAAUCAGGGCUCCCCGUCUACAGUAUCGAAUAUUCAAACAAAUAAACUAAGUCCUUUUGAAUCAUCGCCCAGUAGAGAGUGUUCGGCAACAACCUAACAUUGAAUGAAAAUCCGUUGGUUAAUAGAUUCUUAGAAAGGGUAUUGUUUCUUCACGAUUUUUUCCAUUGCUGGGAAAAAUAAUCCUUACAAAAAUAUAAACAUUUGGUCUGAAAGCAAAUGCUUCCAAAAUAAUCCAAAUUGGUGUCUCCUUCCAAUUUUUACACAAAAGUACAUGUUGAUAACCCAGCAAUGAAAUAUCUGACUCUGAAAUAAAGAUCCCCAACUCACAAACAGAGCAUUCGUUCACCGUGUUUAAGUGUCUUCUUACUAUGUCCUAUUUUCUAAAACAAUUAAUUUAUGUAAAUAUAAUUUGUUUCAAUUCCUCUCUUGCGAAGAAAAACUCAUACUUAUGUACAUUGCAACAAUACACGCAAGAGUUAAUGAUUUCUAAUGAACUAAUUUAAACAUCAUAUCGUUUGUAAACUAUUUACAAUUCGAAUCCUUCUAUUUAAAUGUUACUCUCAUUAUUUACGUUUACGAUUUAUUGUAAAUAUAUAUACGUUUAAUAAAAUCUUUAAGCAUUCCUUCAAAAUGUAUUUGUGUAAGUUCUACAAGUUGUUCAUAGAGUAGUUAGCUUGUCAUUUCAUAAAAUAAGAUAAAUUCCCAAUGUAUGUAACUUUGUAAAAAAAAUUAUUAAAAUAACAAAAAGAAAAAGCAUUUUGUAUGAUAAAGAGAUAAGAGCAGAACAGCAAUUAGAAACGUAUUUCAAUUGUACAACAAUAUAUGUAUUUUUGUCUUUUGUUUAAUUAAGAAUUAGGUAAAAUGUUUUAUUAUU